AUGGAGCAUCGGCCGGAAUGCACCUCGCAUCCUUCACAAACAAAGACAGCUGAUCGUGAAUCAUCGUCGCCAGUGUCGCCGUCGUCUUCGGCGCCGCUGGAUGAGCACUUAAGUGGUGCUCCGGGAAGGUGUUACAUCUGUGGUGAUCGUUGGUUUGCUUCGGAACCGGAACUGGACCGGCACCUCGAGUGGCAUCACGCCGGCGAUCUGUUGCCGUACCGGUGCGUAACGUGUGGUGUCGAUGGGUUCGUACCGAUCCGAUCGAUGCGCGCUAUAAAUAGACACUUUGGGCUGCACGACAUCCAGGAGCGACCGCACGGUUGCGAUCUCUGUGCGUUGCGUUUCCGGACCGAGCGCAAUCUGCAAUCGCACCGCCGCCUAUACCAUGCCGGUGGUGAACGGAACGUAAAGCCGGACACGCAGUCCCACCAUCAUCGUAAUCAUCAUCCAGUACAUCGUCAGCAGCAGCAGCAGCAGCAGCAGCGUCGGCGAUCAGUCGGAUUGGCAGAUUGGCGACGGUUCCAGUGUUGCCACUGUGGCGCCAUUUACAGUGCGCGGAAUGCGCUGAAGCGCCACGAAAACACGCACACGCUCGGAGUGACGUAUGCGUGCCGGGAAUGUGGCAAAAUAUUCGCCAAACUCGACUGCCUCACGCAGCACGCCCGCAUCCACAGCCGUACGCGGCCGUACGGUUGCGAGCUUUGUGGCAAAACGUUCAUCCAGCUUGGCCAUCUGCGUAUCCACAUGCGGGGUCACACCGGGGAACGGCCGCAUCUUUGUACCAUCUGCAAUCGUGGCUUCCGGCACAAGCAGGCACUCACGGUGCACGGACGGAUCCACUCCGGUGUCAAACCGUUCCGGUGUGUCGUGUGUGAGAUUAGCUUCACCGAUGCCAGCACACUGCGGAAGCACGGAGCUGUCCAUCGGAAUGGAACUCGGAUCGGCGGGAAGGUGCAGGGGAGCGCUAGCGACAGAUAGAUCGAUCAGAAUCGACUACAAUCGGUUACAAGCAGGCAGCGCGUCCUGUAAAUGAGAUAUCUUCAUCUUGCCAAAGAAACCCCCGUCCCAAAGUGAGUUUGUGUGCGUGUGUGUGAUUAAAUACGAUUUAAAUUCCGAUCGACCGUCGGUCGGGUGAUGCUAAUGCAUUCUCCUUCCGCUAUGCUUGGCCCACGGGGAACAUGAGCAUCUUCUUGCUACUUGUGCCACGUUACUGAACAACGGUAAUCGCUGUGAGAUGGAAUUAGUUUAAGAAUAGACUCCGGCGUGCUGUGUGCGAGUGAACUCCAUGGACCGUGGCCGCAGCGCGACGUAGGCAACAUAAGGAAAGUGAUGCGAUGGAAACGGUCUGCGUGGAGGAGAAAAACUCUUUCUCGAGCUCGUGCUCGCGGCUGCCGUGUGUUUUCAUUCACAGAACCAUUCAGUCUCGUGUCUCGCCAUGCUGCGCUCCUAUCCACGACACCAGACCAGUGUUUUAGAUUCGGGAAUGUCUCCGCGUGCAGAUUGGAACGGUGCCAUCACGGGUGCACGCGGAUGUUCGCAUUAGCGAACGAGACGUUGACGAAUCGCGCGCAUCGUUGGCAUUCGUUGGCGCGCGUGAAACCGCGGUUGUGCGGUUUGACAAGGUUGUCGUGGGACGCUAUCGGGCGCAGUAUGGAUGACCGUGGCAACUGCUGAAUGUCGGCCAGACCGGUUGCAGAUCGGUGUUUGGUAAAGUGGUUAGCACUUCCUGAGGAGCGCAAUAGCGAUGGACACAAAUCUUGUCCGUUAUCGUGUCGCGCAAGUUUUACUUGAUGAAUCUUUACUUGCUUUGAUGAUGAAGACCAAACGGUUGUGAAUGUUGUCAUCGAAUGGUUUUAGAAUGAAGCAACCGAGUUUCUUACGUAUACGUUCUUUUAAUGUUAAAUGUGGUACCAUUCGUAAUGCAAUAAAUAAUUCUUGAUACUAUAAAUCUACUGUUUUAAUAUGUUUUCUUGAGUGUUGCGUGUCUGUGAAGAUCUCUGUCGUGAAGA